UACAAGUCUUGUUAUUUCUGGCAAAGAAAAAAUAUUUCCAUUUAAAUGGCUUUCUUUGGUAUUUGCACUACACAUUUAUGUGUUGUGACAACUCUAAAUGUAGCCAAGGAUAAAAAAUGUAGUAAUUUGUGAAGAAAUGAUUAAUGUUAUAUUGUGGACCCGGAAAAAUAACUUAUUCUACUACAGUCCCAAUCAGUGAUUUCGCAAUCAUAGUUUAUGAUAUAAACGGAACCAAUGGAUUCACUUCCGUAAAGAGAUUCUUAUAGAGUGAAAAUUGCAAGGCAAUGUAUUUUACACAAAACUAUGGUUGGAUUAUCUAUGUACAUUAGACUAGACUAACUUCUAUAUCAUUUAUUUCCACUUAAACCAGAAGUUUUAAAAAAAUUUCGUGAAUUGUAUAGGAAAGGAAUUGGGAGCAAGUAUGUAAAUCAUUGACAACAUGAUUCAUGAAGUAACCGAACUACAAUAGAAAUAGAAAAAUGUGUUUUCUAACUUCACCUGUUUAUUGCAGAAUAUGUAUAUGACAAUUUGUGAAUGUCAGAAGUGACAAAAUGUAGAAAAUAUACCCGCAAACGAUAUAAACAAAAGAAAGUCACCAUCAUAAUUUCACCACCAACAUGUGUCGACCAAAACAGAACCACCCCACAGGGCACACACAACACACGUUCAUGUUUGGGUGAAGCCAAAGGUUUGCGCGGUAAGUGUCGACGACGUCAAAGGAAACCGUUGACCAGAACGAAGAGGAGUGGUUGAAUGUCAACUCAUGUUUACGAUACUGAGAUACUCCCGUUUCAGUCGAGUGCAAAUUGUCAAAUGCUACGGAUGGAAUUUACUCGGCAAAGGCAACGAAUCGAAAACGAAACGCCUCGAUGGGGUUGUGCUAAUAAAUAACAACAAUAAUAAUAAUAACAUAAAUAAUUCAAGCAAAAAAAGAGAAAUAGAAAAAACAAAACAAAUACAGUGAUGAAAUAAAUAUUAAAAACUUAGUAAUAACGCCUAAAAAUAUACCAAAACUAUUUGUGUACUGUUGAAAUCGUGUAACUUAACAUAACACUCGGUAUUGUAAACAACAUUAGUAUAAACAACACCAAGUAACAUAGUUCUAACGCAAUCUAGGAGGAAUGUUUCCGGACUAAAGCCUUGAUUUCAAGGAGAACUGAACGGCUUCGAUCAAACGGCGUCAAGCGCAUAUCUCGAAUGUGAAAAUAUAAUGUGGAAGCAUGUCUUCCCACUCCGUUGUGUCACUCUCAUCUUUUAAUAUAUUAUUUUUUACACAGGUUCUAACGGUUUUAACAUCGUCAAUAAAAUACCACGAAUACGUGACGGAUAAAGGCAAAAACAUUUCCAUACCCUGCACAGCGGAGGGCAACGUUAUGUGGGUUAAGGAGAGCGGCAACAAUAGCACCAUAAUACAGACAGGAAAAUUUUUGGUGCUCACCAAUAUAUCGACCGACGAACGUGGUCUGUAUGUGUGCUUUGCUGCGGUUCCGCCUCGCCACGCUUCCACGCCCGAUACCGGCUCCACUGCACAAGCAACAAAUGAACAGAGAAAAUCAAUAGCAGCAUCAUUGCCCACAUAUGCCUCGCCAUCGUCGGCGGCGUCAUCAUUGAUAUUGACAACAACGUCGUCGUCGUCAUCGGCAAACUCAUCAUCAUCAUCAUCGUCAGAAGACGUAAAUGUAUCAACAAUGGUGAACGUAAGUGCAACAAAUGCUUCAACUACCUCAUCGCUUCCAAUGCCAGCGCCCACAAUAGCCGCCGCCACAGCCACAGCCACAAUUGCGAACACAAACACAAAGACAGAGAACAUAUCGACAGCGCAGCACUAUUCUAUGGCUAACAAAGCCACCACCACCUUAAAUAAUAGUGGCCAGACAAUGGAAGUAGCGCCUACACCGGACACAGCACGAAACACAGAAGCCGAUAAGGAUGAUAAUGUUGAUAGAAGCGCCGAAGAUGUCGAGGCGGAGGAAUAUCAGGCCGUCGAAAAGGUCAACUUAACCGUGCGCACACCGCCAGGACCGGUUACGCAACUCUACUUCAAAGCAUCAACUAUUCUGGGCUUUCUCAUCUGGCGUUUCAAUAAGACCAAUUCCGGUGGUUACCCGGUGCGCAGCUUUACUGCCGAAUUUCGCAAUGUUUCGUACAAUGAGACACCCUACAACCAAUCGUUCGAACACGAAUGGAGUCGCAUGGACCCAAUUAAUAUUGCACCGAAUGUUCGGCAAAUGGAGGUAUAUCGCCUGGAGCCAAACACCACUUACGAAUUUCGGAUAUGGGCCAACAACCAGUUGGGUAGCGGCGAGGUUGUUACCACUAAUGUGACAACGCUUCCCGAAACCAAAGAGGAGGAUUUAAUACGCCUUAUACAACCCGACUUAGAUAAUUUCGAUCCGCGCAUUUGGAUAAUCGCCGUCAGUGUUGUACUUGGAACUCUUGUGAUAUUAGCAAUUGGACUAUGUAUAGUUUUAUCGAAAGAAUGUUAUCAGUCAUCGCAAGCGGAUUUCGAAAACGGUUGGGAGAGCAUAGAGCUUAUACCGAACAUAAUAUUGAAUCCGGGUUUCUGCGAAUCGGAUGGGCCCGAACCAGUGCAGCCGUACACACGAACGAUCAUCUUCGGCGAGGACGACGAGAGUGAUGGCUACGAGAGCGAAGAAUCCGAUCACGAGCCACCCAUGGAGAAAUUCAAGCGGAAAGUCUCGGUUUUCUUCACAGGUCCCACAAUAAGACGUAUUUGAGUUAAAUCGGAUGACGCCUUUGACGGAUGCAGCGCAGUACAUCGCAUUUGUACAGUUACUGUUUAUAACAAUUUGAUUUGUUCACCAAUUGUGAUUUUCGUGAUUUAUACUGAGAGCUUGCGCCCUUGUACAGGUUAUCUUUUUAUUUUUAUUUAUAGAUUUGAAAUUAUUAACGUGUAUAUUUUCGCACGUGGAAAAGCAUAAUUCUUUUCAUCAGUAUUGUUACAUAUAUAAUUACUAAUUAGGAGGCGAUUAUAAUGCAGUUGCUUUGAUGCUUUCUUGAGAUUGUAAAAACUACGAUUUUUGAAUUUUAUUACGAAAAAAUAAGAAUUAACUUGUAAUUCUAAUGGUAAAUAGUAACAACAAUGACAAAUGUCGCAUAAGUGAAUAACUGUAUAUUUAAGAAAUAAUAAGCGAGCUUUUGUUACGAAUCAAAUUUUAUAAAUUAACGCCUAAGCAAAUUGUUAUUGAAUAUACACACAAAUGUACAUAUUAUGUACA